CUGCUCUGCAUCCAGAGUGGCUAAUACGUAGCAGCAGCAGCAGCAGCAGCAGUUCCAGCAGUGAGACAGCGGCACAUCACCCUCAGCGGGAGGUCCCACCGGCAGUAAGGAGGGGGAGAGCUGUUCCACAGGAGCACAAGGGAGAAAGAGCGAAACAAGGUUGGACGCAGAGCAACAAAGCAUCCUUAUCCAGCUGUGCCAGAGGCAAGAUGGUCAUUAGAGUUUAUAUCGCAACGUCUUCGGGCUCCACAUCUAUUAAGAAGAAACAGCAAGAUGUCCUAGGGUUUUUACAUGCCGUUAAAAUUGAAUUUGAGGAGAAAGACAUUGCUGCCAAUGAGGAGAAUCGAAAGUGGAUGAGAGAGAAUAUUCCUGAGCAUUGCCGGCCAACAAGUGGCAACUCACUGCCUCCUCAGAUCUUCAACGACAGCCAGUACUGUGGGGAUUAUGAUGCCUUCUUUGAAGCACGAGAGAAUAAUGCAGUCUAUGCCUUCCUUGGGUUGACAGCCCCACCUGGUUCAAAGGAAGCUGAGGCUCUGGCAAAGAAGAAUGCAGAAUCAUCAUAACUGGAAUAUUUCAGAACCGAACCAAAUGUUCCAGAGCUUUUCCAAGCCUCCAAAAUGCGCUUCAGCUAAACAAAACACUUUAUCUCUGCUAAACCCUUAACCCUUAAAUGUAACAUGGUAUUACUGGCUUCUUUGGCAGUGUAGGGGUUGGCUCUGUUCUGCAACUGAUGAAGAUGCCACUGUAUGUGCCAAAGGGAACUCUUUAAUUAAUAAGGAGACAGAAGAGAAAGGCGAUCAUAGAAUACAUAAUUGUCAGUUUUGUAAAGUUAACAAGAUUAUUGUAAAUUAUUUGAUAUCUGGUUGGUGCCACCCCUUCUUCCUUUCUCAGAAAAAUGUAGACCUGAGACAAUUGUGUGAUUUCCCUUUCAACACAGGGAAUUGGGAAAUCAUUUGCAACACUUUCCUAAAUGCUGACCAGUUUCUCUUUUGUACAUCUAAAAUAUCUUUUUGUAAUGAUGAAUCUUAAAGGAGGUGUAGAGCACUGCAACACGGGGACACAAAGAUGCACUUAAAGAUAUUGGUGCAGGGACCAUGAACACGGUACUGAUUCAGGUUACCAUAAUAAAGUAUCUGGAUUCUAAUUUGUUUAAAUGGUAGAAAGAUAUAGCUCCAAAUUCCUGUGCUGUAAGGCUGGUCCAGAUAGAAUUUAGACACCAAAGGUAAAUCUCACCCCAAAUUGCAUACAAAAAAGCAUUCAGACAGAAUUCACAUUUAGCCUGCUCUCUCUCCAUUCCUUUGGGCCAGUCCAAUAGUUUGGGAACCCCUACACCCCUAAACCUGAGUUUACAAUUCCCAUCAUACUUAGCCAGCAAUCCAUAUAUUUUUACUCUUAAGGACAUAGGAUUGGUAUUCAUUUACAAUAUAGCUUGCUUGUAGAAUAAAUUUACUUGGAGAAUGGAAAUAGAAUGACAGGUAAUUUAUUUUGAAAGGUUCCUAAAACACAUACAAAACAAAUCUUAUACAUUACUAACCCAUUGCUGUGUUUUACCUAAGGCAAAGUUCCCUUUACAGUAUAUUGUGCUCUUGGGCACAUGACCUACAAGAAGUUAAAAAGGGAACUUUGAUCUGAUGAUUUACUAGUUUUGUUUCUGUUUUCAGAGAUCCAGUAUUUGCCAUACUAAUCAAACAUUUAAAAUAAAUACAUAAAUAAAAUGUUUUUCUUUUUAAAUGAAAAGAAAUAUAUUGUUAUAUAUUAUACCAAAAGUACCUUUCACUGUCACUGUCAGGGUUUGACCUCAGUGCAGUUGUUGGUCCUCAAGCCUUCAGUUCCUUACCUUCCCUUGCUUUGCACAAAUCUCUUCUUUGCAAGUUUUAUUAUGAUUAACAGGUAGAAAAAUAGAACACGUGCUAUAAGCUUUACAGGAAUGUGCUAAGCACUAUAGGCAGAAGGCUUUUCUUUUCAAUUAACAGAAUGCAUUAUGCUCCUCCAGGCCUUCCUACCCUGAAAAGUAGUAUAAUCCCAGUUGGCGUGCAUACACACUGCCGUACUUAAAAUAUACAACUGCACCAAAUGGGUAGAAGAAAGUUUCUUGAAGAGAGAAAUAGCAAUUAAGCAGAUGUCUGUGCUAAAUCUAACUGUAGACAGGUUUUUGUUUCCAGCAUAUGUUAGAAAUAGUUUGUUUAAUCUAAAAUUUAAAUCCAGCACUGUCAGAUUCUCACAGAUAUCAGUUCAAGAGGAAGCUCUCUGUUGGAUCUCUUAUUUAUAGUAGGUUGGACCAACAUUUUAAAAUACUUAUUGAUAAUUGCCAUUGGUUAAAAAAACAAACUGGGGUAAGGACUACAUCACUUUUAUAAGUGUGUCCAUAUGGUACUUUGAUUGGACAUCCUGCUAAAAGUCUAAUUCCUUGUACAUAACAGAUUUCCCUACAAGAAUGAGCCUUUACAAUAGAUCAUGCUACUUGCAGGCGAGGCACUUGAAACUGCUAGAAUGCACUAUGUGUAAUAAUUGCUUUAGUUUGCUUACAUUUUGUUUUUAAUAUUAAAAUACAUUUACUUUCUGAAUAUAACUUUUUGUAUAACAUUUCUUUAUGAAUAUUGCAAGUGCUGUCCAAAAUCCGCAAGACAUUUUUAUAUUAAAUCAAUUCAAUUUUACAUCAGACUUUGGGCAUUGGGUCACUCUAUAAUGCUAUACAAAAAUAUAGGGGAUGCUAGAUUCAGCUUUGCACAUUUUUCUCCAAAAAUAACAUUUAAAACUACAUUUGUUAUAGAAAUAAGGUGUGUAUCUUCUUUUAUGUAACAUACCUUUGGAAAUUUGAAUGCAGACUUUAUUGGACGCCCUUAGAAGAACUUACGGAGAGGCCUUCAACUGUGAAGGCUUGUGUGGAACUAGGAGAUAAUGUGCCUUCUGUAUAUUUUUUUUAAACUACUAACUCUGAAAAAAUAUACAAGUAGAAUAAAUUAAAUUUUGAGGGCUAUUUUCUAUAGAGAAAACUAUCUCUAACCGUUUCUCAGCUUUUCUUUGCUCUGAUUCUUUAAUGAAUGACUCGGUUUAUGCCUACUGACACACUCACUCAAUACUUUAUGUUUCAGAAGGGCACAUUUAUUGACAGUGGGCAAAACUGGCUAAAUGCAGUAAUCCAUACUAACGAAUCAGUAUUAAUCUGUGUACUGAUUACUGAGAGCAAGUGGCUGAUUGGUAGCUGUGGGUUACUGCACUGAACUGGUCCAAUAUCAGGCAAUGAGCUAGUCUCUUCCUCCUUUCCUCAGGAUAAGCCUAUAUAUUUUUAAUUGGUAAAAUGCAUGUGGCCAAAAAGGAAUAUUCUUUAAGAAACCAUUAUUUUCUCCAUAUGCCUUGAUUAAGGUUUGAUGCUCCACCCUUGUCAACUGUAGAUGUAAUGCGUGCUUUUACAUACCCAGGCUUUUAGGUGCCAUAGAGGAGUGGAAUUUCAUAAAUCUUUGCCCUUGGCCUGACAGAAAUGGCCAGUGGAUGAUGGGACUUGUAGUUUAUUUGGUCACCUCUAGCCUAUUCCUUUAAAUGCUCACUUGCCAUAUAGAUAUAUCAUGGUGUGUAAUAACAGAGUGGGCAACCAUAGGGAUUCUAGCUGCAAGAAUUCAUUAAGCAAUGAACAUACAUAAUUGCAUUUAACUAAGUUUUGGAAUAGCAACCUUUUCAGGUAUGGUGCAAGAAAUGAAUGUUUCACCUGACAACAAAAAGCUAAAACACUCCCAAACCCUGGUGUCUUAAUUGCAACAAAAACAAUCAUGUUUUUUUUUUUGCUGAACAGCAUAUUUCACAUACUGAAAAUGUUUGCAGUUUUUAUAUUUCAUAUGUAAAUUUAUUUUCUGUUUAAAGUUCCUAUUUAGUUACAAUUACUGCUAAUAUUGUCUCACUCUUGUGUUCAAUAUGUGUAGAACUGUAUCAAGUCUUAAGGGAAAUGAUUUCUUUUACAAGUUGUCUUUAAUAAAGGAAUGGUCAAAUGCA